AUGAAGCGAUUCCGAGUGAAAGAAAAGUCGAAGAGAGAACACACUAUUGUCAGGCCAAACAGUAUCAUGAUUCCGCGGCGGGAAAUUUAUACAGUAAUCGACAACGGGCUGCAGAUAUCCUUUCCCUACAGUGGAAAUGAUGCAGAAGAGAAGCUUGUCAGAUACUUGCACAAGGCGCUUUCGAAGAUCGGAUACAAAGACGAUGCAAUUCAAGAGCUUCAGGAGAAAAGCUCAAAGAAGAACUUGAAGAAGUUUUUCGUGAUCUUCACGACCGUUGCAUGUGCUCAGAAGCUGAUGGAUCGUCACCCGCGCACUUUCGAUGGCUUCCGAAUCAACAUUCAGGAAGCCGUUGUUCCUCCCUUCGAAAUUCCCAGCGUGAAACGACGUGAAAGCCCGCUCUCCACGCCACCUGUGCAGAGUCCCUCGACCCCGCACUAUGACCCCAGCUACGCGAUCCAGGCUGGAUACGCGCCCCCGGGAGCCUACGUCCCUCAAGAAAGCUACGCUCCCCCGGAAGGAUAUGCAUCUCCAGAACUAUACGCUCCCGCUGAAGCCUACGUUCCCCAAGAAUCAUACAGCCCUGUCGAAAUCAGCCAAUCAAUGCAGAAGAUGGAUCUGAAUAGCCCGAGUCCAGCGAUGGACAGCGGAAUUCAGAGCGACAACUCCUCCGACAACCCGCAGAGUAACCAGGAGAUCGCACAGUCGAUGGGGAUGCUGCCGAUGUCAAUGGACUACGCCUUCCAGUCCGGCUGCGUGUUUUGCAUUUACAACAUGCCGCAUCCGACGGUGAACGACAUGCCCGCCUUGAUGGACGGCUCCUGGUACAACCAAAUGAGCCCUUACAACUUUAACCAAGUGCUUUCUUUCAUCAACCCUUAUUGA